CCGGAACCGCAGAGCGCUAACCAGAUUCUCUUCGUUGGGGUGGAGACCCGGGCGCCUCCAAGAUGCCGGCUUACCACUCUUCCCUCAUGGACCCUGACACCAAACUCAUUGGAAACAUGGCACUAUUGCCUAUCAGAAGUCAGUUCAAAGGACCUGCCCCUAGAGAGACAAAAGAUACAGAUAUUGUGGAUGAAGCUAUCUACUACUUUAAGGCCAAUGUCUUCUUCAAAAACUAUGAAAUUAAGAAUGAAGCUGAUAGGACCUUGAUAUACAUAACUCUCUACAUUUCUGAGUGUCUAAAGAAACUCCAAAAGUGCAAUUCUAAAAGCCAAGGCGAGAAAGAAAUGUAUACACUGGGAAUCACUAAUUUUCCCAUUCCUGGAGAGCCUGGUUUUCCACUUAAUGCCAUUUAUGCCAAACCUGUAAACAAACAGGAAGAUGAAGUGAUGAGGGCCAACUUACAACAGUUGAGGCAAGAGACUGGACUGAGACUUUGUGAGAAAGUUUUUGACCCUCAAAAUGAUAAACCCAGCAAGUGGUGGACUUGCUUUGUGAAGAGACAGUUCAUGAACAAGAGUCUUUCAGGACCUGGACAAUAAAGCCAACCUCGGGUGGACCCUGGCUCCACAGCUGUGGGCAGCAUUCACAGCAAGAUGUACACAGUUCUUUGCCUUUAUUUCAUAAAGUUUUAUACAGAGGAG